AUGGAAAGCGUUCAAGUCAUAACGCAAGAUUUUAUAAAUGUGCAUAUUACAAAAUCGGAAAAUGAAGGUGCCGCAUCGAUUGAGCGUAGAUUUAACAAAUCCAUCACUGUGUUGGAAUUUAAGACAAAAUUAGAACUGGUCACGGGAGGAUCAGCAGGCACUAUGAAAUUGAAAGUUUAUGACAAUAAAAACAAUUUUAUUUGUGAUGUGGACGAUGAUGCAGCAUUACUUGGUUCUUAUCCCAUUGAUGAUGGAAUGAGGAUUCAUGUUAUUGAUAAGUUUGCUCUUAUCAAAGACUUUGAUGAAUCUGACAGUGCAGAAAGGUUUAAGCUUUCUGAGGAAGAGUAUGAAAAAAAGAGUGAUACAUUGAGAUCAUUCCUUCAGAGAAAUAAGCUGGGAAAAUAUAAUGAAGAGGAAAUGCAGAAGAUGAAGGAACAACAGCAAAAGGAACUGGAAGAUGAAGCCAAGUUGGCAGAGGCAGUUCUAGUCGGUGCUAGGUGUGAAGUCCGUGUGCCAUCACAACCCACCCGAAGAGCCACAGUGAGGUACAAUGGACCACUAGAAGGAGCUAAGGGCUUGUGGAUUGGUGUGCAAUAUGAUGAGCCUAGAGGGAAAAACGAUGGAUCAGUUAGUGGCAAAAGAUACUUCACGUGUCCACCAAAGUAUGGAGGUUUUGUAAAACCAGUUUAUGUCACUGUUGGAAACUUCCCAGAAGAAUCCUUUGAUUUAGAGGACGAGAUAUGA